AUGGUCAAGAAACCACUGUUAGUUGUCAACAAGCCAGCUUCGGAGAGGAUUCCGUUUCAAGGUGAGGACAUCUCAAGUGGAGACGCACCGAUCCGUGGCCGACAAGCAAACUCAGUCGUCGCAGCCAGGCGACGGUUGAGGUUGUCGUCAUCGCCACAGCUGGUCGUAGUCGUCACCACUAUAAGCCAUCGUCGUCAUUCUGUCGGUCGCCGUCAGUUGCCUCUCUGUUCGUUGUUGUCGUUGCCUCUUUCGGAGAUUGCCGUCGCCGAAGUCGGUCGUCGUCGGCUGUUGCCAGUUUUGGCGAUGGACGAGAAAACGAGCUGCGACUAUGGCGAGCAAGGUGCGUCGAAAAACCAGUCAGAAACGGAUCUCUAUCCGCUUCUCUUUUUCUUCUUUUUUUCUUGGCCCGGUGCAACAAAAAAGGAGCAUGGUGGUGUUGGAAAGAAAGAUGUGCUUUGA